AUGCGUGUUACCGCCAUAUCAAUUACCCUCCUUUCCCUUAUCGGCUCGAUUUCAGCCCGAACUCUCGAUGAUCCAGAUGAGUUCACGUCGCUCGGAUGCCCCGCGACCACGAACGCAAACGCUUCCCCAGCAGAGCAGCUCGCAGCGUGGGAGGAUUUCGCGGAUCUUUUAUACAUUCGGAAAAGCCCACGAGAUGCCCUGUUGAAAUAUGCUGCGGCCGGGUACAUCAAUCACGCGCCGCACGUCCCGGAGAGCGGACGCGACAACGCUAUCGACUAUCUGUCACGGAAUAAAGGUUCGAAUACCGUCCAACUACGGCAUGUGUAUAUCGGCUUUGAUAAGAAUGGGACGACCUAUGCGACUGCGCAUUUCCAAGCUACACCCGAGAACGGGAAUUCCUCAGCAUCGGUGGAUAUCAGUCGGAUGGUUGGGAGUUGCUUGGUUGAGCAUUGGGAGGCUGGGCAGAAGAUGGAUCCAAGCGAUAACCCGAUUGCAUACUUUUAG